GGCGAAGAUUCCGCCGCUGCGUUUAGCCGUAAACCGCCCUCCUCUUCCCCAGGAUGGAGAAAUGGUCGGCGGGAGGCCGAGGGCGCUAAGAUGGCGGCCGCACUGAGACCGGCGUUCCGCUCGGUGCGCAUGCGCGGCCCCGCGCUUUGCUCCGCCUUCGGCGCGUUGUUGCUAUAGGAACGGCGUGGGCCGGCGGCAGAGCCGGGAGCCGGAGAGGCUGGGUACGGCCGUGCCAACGCGGGCUCUGAGGGCUCUGCCGCCGGCCUCGGGGCUGGGGGAGGCCGGGCGUUUGUGGUAAAAGGCUGUUAAAGUGAGGCUGUGAGGCUGAAGAGCGCAGUGAUUGAGAGGAAGAGGUGGUGGCAGGGAGACUGUGCAAAGUAAGCAAUGGAGUCAGACAUAAGUGGGAACGAACAUUUUAAAAGCCAGUUUAAAGCUCUUCAGGUACAACAGCAAAGAAGACUACAGAAUCUAAUGGAGAGGAAGAAGGAAAAGCAGAACAGUCAGAAGGGUAACAAUGGCAAUGGAAAGGAGACUUUCAACAUCCCAACUGAUCUAAACUUGUUUGAAACAGAACAACCUGUAACUGAAGAUGACAGUAAAAGAUUGCUUGAGGUUGAGAAUGAAGAACUUCAGGAUCAGCUUCGAGAGAUCCGGGAUGAGAACUGCAGACUAUACAAACUGGUGACAGAGAAAGAUUUUGAAAUAAAGCAACUGCAGAAAAAAAUACAGGAGGAUCGAUUGGCUUUGUCAGGGACGUCUGGUUUAGCGGGGGAUGUUGCAGCUACUAAAAUAGUUGAACUGGCCAAAAAGAACCGUGAGAUAAUUGCCGAGACUGAGAGUGAAAAAGCCAAAGUGAAGCAAUUGAAUAACAAAGUCAGAGAGCUGGAGAGAGAACUACAGGCAGCUGUGGAAAAAAUACAUUCUCUUGGUGGCAGUGAUGCAGGAAUCAAACAAACAGCUCUGAAGAAGACAGAAGAAAACUUGGCUGAAAGUCCAGAGGUGAAAGCAUUGCAAGAAAAAUUAACUACAGCCAACUUCAAAGUGCUGGAGUAUCGUAACCAGCUGCAAUCUGCAAAACAGGAACUGAAGAUGACCCAAAAGCUCUUAGCAAAUGAAGUUGGUGAGGAUGUGAAUAUCCAAAGUCUCUUGACCAAUUCUGGCAGCUGGCGUGGACGAGCCCAGCAAAUCCUUGUUCUCCAAAGCAAGGUUAGAGAGCUGGAGAAUCAGUUGGGUCAAAACAAGAGCAGAACAUUACUGAGUGAAACGGAUGAGGAGCUGCUGGCUCUUACUGACCUGAGGAAGCUGUCAGCCCAAGAGAAGAACUUGCUGAAAAUUCGCAGUUUGGAAAAAGAAAGGAAAGAAGCCUUGGAGAAACUCACUGUGGAACAUGAUGCUCUCAAAAAAAAUCAUGAGGAAGUGAAAAAAAACCUCGAUGCAACAAAAGCCAGGAACAAAGUGCUGUGCAGCGAAGUGAAAACCUUGAAGGGACAGAUCAUAACCCUGCUGGAGAAAGGAAAACACGAUGAUGAGCUCAUAGAUGCCUUACUGAGCCAGCAGAAACAAAUGCAGGAAAUCUUAAAGCACCUGAGCCAGCAGGACGAGAAGAACAAAGAAUCCCAGCAGUUGCUAGGACAGCACUUGAACAAUGAGGCUCAGAAACAAAACUGCCUUAUAGAGCAGCUCAGGCAGAUGGUGGCUGAACGAGAAGCAAAGGUUAAAGAGCUGGAAGAGGAGAUUGGGCAACUUGCACUUCAGAAGAAAUCUGCCCAUCAAGGGGACAAUUCAGGAGCUGUUGUUACACCACCCUGUGCACACUCAGAAGAUCUACGUUUUUCUGGGCUUAAGCCCCUGACAUCAGCCAGUGAUCAGGUUGGAAGGAGUGCAUCUGCUCGCACGGUGUCCAAGAUGGGUCAUAUGCUUAUAGAAUCAGCAGCUACCAAACCUUCCCUUCUCAGUAGCAACAUCACACCUGGAAGGUUUGCUGGCAUUGACAGCCUGGAUUUCAAAGUGCUGCAAAUGCAGAUCACAGAGCACAAGGCCCUGUGCCAGGCUGCAGAAGUGGAGAGAGACAGGCUCCUGGAACUGGUCGCUGUGCUGCAGAAAAGGAUAGAAGAAGGCAGUGAUAAAGUCUUGGAAGCUGAGAAGAGACUUCAGGAAGAGCGGCGGCGAUGUGUCAUUUUGGAGCAGCAGCUUGAAAAACUACAAAUGGAUCCAGGGAGGCUCACAAGUACACAGAAACCUCCUCUGAAAAACAAAACAGGUCAUUCUGCUGGUCAGUCAAGGCUGUCCUUGAACAUGAGUGAUAGGAAGGAGCUCUCUGCAGCCCAGCUGUCCAAGCUGCCUAUGGAAUCACAGAUAGAGGAGCUCAGCACAAGGCUUGUGAUCCAGCUGGAUGAGAAUGAAGCUCUGAAGGCUGCUUUGGAAACUACUGUGAGAAAGAAAGAGGAGGACUUUAAGCUGUACCAAGACACAAUGGACCAAGUGAAGGAUAUCUUUCUGCAGGCCAUUCGGCAGCAGAAACAAGAGAAGAGUUAAGCAAGAUAAUCAGAGCCCUCUGAACUGCAAAGAAAGGAGAGAGGCCAGGAGUUGUGCCCAUGGAUUGAAAUGCACUGUAGUUUUGCAUGUCAUGUCUUCAGCUUUUGCAGGAGAGAAGGAGAGAUGGAGAUGGAAUACAGAAAGACUGAAGAUUUUGCAUGUUGGCAAAUUCAGGCUGUAGAAGUUAGCAAGCAGGUGGCUCCCAGGCUACACAUGCCAGAGUUUGGUGCAUGUAGAGAGCUGCAAUUCUGCAGUGUGGUUUUGGACAAAGCCUCCCUAGUUUCAUUUAAGAGAGGGCUCGAUAUCCUUUACACUGCUGCCUUUAUCAGCAUAUGAAGGAAUUUGCCUUACAACAGUUAUGCAAGCCCCCUUCCAAAGCUCUGCCAGCAGCAAACCAAGUUCUGUUGUUAUCAGCACACUGACACUGGUCUGCCUAAGGCUGUCUGUAGCACUUUAGUGCUGAGGAAUUGGUUAGCCUAGCCUGAGAAUAUCUGCAAAUGCACUUUGUAGGCUCUCUAUUGACCAUCCCAGCUUCUUUCUUUGCUUGAACAUAAUGGCAGAGGAGGUUUCUGAAACUCAGUAGACUUUCCACUGGAAAAGAAAACUUUGUGGAGUGCUCCUCCAAUCAGUAAGACUUACCUUAAAUGCAGCUCCCUGUAAUAACUCAUUCCAUAUGAAACUGGCCAUCUGGGUUCUGAAUUCCCCAAUUUCUCUGCAGCCAUCCAUCAGGCAGGAGUUGUUCUCAUUAGAAAGAAGUGCUGGUGGAAGCAGGCAGCUUUAUUACAGUAGAGUAGGGACUUUUGAAAGCGCUGAAAACUCUUACGUCUCUGUCCUUUUCUCUUGCAGCAGGAUGAGAGCACCAAAUGCAAGCUAAUAAGGCAUUAGCAUGCAGCCUGCCAGCAGAGAGCUAGCCUUGGGGAUUACAAGCAAAUAGAGAGCUAGUCAUUUUUUGAAUAGUGCUGCCUUGUUUCUCAGAUGAAAGUCUUUUGAAAACUCUUCUCUUUCUGCUUUGCUUUGUCAGCCUCUUUUUGUGAGCGUGAAGUUUGUCAGACUUUAACCCCAGCCAUCACCAUCCUGUAGUGGAUUUGUGGACAGGCAAAUCACUGCUCCCUACCCAGCAUGAGCAAAUGGAUCUUUCUACAACAUGUGGGGCCAAAACUGCUCAUUGUCAGAUUCCUCCUGCUCGCUCUGCUGGAAGCACCAGAGGAAAGGCCAUCUUGCAACCCACAAUACACUCCUGUCAGCUGGAGGAGUGGGAAAUUGAGGGUUUGACAAAGUUUUGUCCAAGUGAGCUGCAAGCACUUCCUUUCUGUUCAGCUCCAUCCUGAUGAUGCAUGAUGCAGCACAGACCAAAGGGAAUAAUUCAGCCCACCUCCUAUAGAUAUUUUCAGAGCCUGCAGUAGGGAGAUCACCCAACAACGUGGCCUGAGCUGUGGCAAAACGUGGAGGUUUUGCUAUGCAGAGGCUGCUAAGCUCAGGCUGCCAGCUUGCAGCUGGAGAUUCUGAUUUCGCUUACACAGAAGUGUGAAUCAAUAAUAUUUUCCCGUAAGUACAUAAGAGGAAAACUGCUGUCCUUUCCAAUGUGUGGUUGGUAUUUGUCUCCUGUCCUCAUAAUGCUCUCUAGCAAAAUCCUUCCUGAGGUGGCAGUGAAUCAACCGAUGAAACUCAGAUGAGAAAAUGGGAGUGCUAGAUGUUACAGAACACAUAUGGCUUGAUAGCAUAUGGUACAAACCUCUUAAGUGUUGCAACACUUGUUUCUUUAAGCAUAUGCUUGUUUGGGGUUGCACAGAAGCAUUUUUCUCCCUUUUUUCCUGAUGCACACAACCAGAAGGUGCCUUGAAGAAGGGGGAAGAAGUCAAUCACAGUGAAUGUGCAAUGUGUAAUCUGUCUCCCAUCACAGAGUACUGGGGAUCUGAACUCAGGCCAAAUUCUGCAGACCUUCUCAGUUUUCACCAUAGUUUUGAAAUAAAUUUCCUCUGUACUACCAA